AUGAUAGUAUACCCGCGCCUAUAUGUCGUGUUUUACCGGCCACUGUUCGGAAACUACCAACACUGGGCGUUGUCCGUCGAGUACGAGGAGCAAAAGAUGAUUUUCGAGAUUGUCGGGGAGCAUCCCCAUUUUGAAUGCAAUCAUCUCGAAGUUGAUCCCAAAAGCGCCAAGAGCUACGUGGGAAGGCAAUUCGUGGCCGUCAUCAGGAUUGCGGACAUUGAAAUUAUAAGGAAGGUUGCGGCGGAGAUUGCUCUGGAUAAUGAGACGACAGAAUGGGACUGUCAGGACUAUGUACUCGAGGUUCUUGAUCAGUUGGAAAGUGAGUAUGUCUUGGAAGAGGAUGAUGAGGAGUAUAUUGACGCACGCAGUAUCCUGAAAGGUAAGCGAGGUGCAAUGCUAUAA